CAGACUUCGUCUCAUCUAGACUUGGGACAAACAUUUCACUACGAUUUUUCUACAAUGUAUUUUACAUUUCUGUCAUUGUCACAUUAGUAUAUUCGGCAAACAUGUGUGGAGGUGGUGUACGUACUGUCCAACUUGCCGAAUUCCUCACAUUGCAGGCAAAUCUUCCCAGGUCGUUAUACUUCUUGUCAAGUACGAUGCUCCUCUAGAUGGCUUCAUCACCCGAUUUCUGCUUCGUACAGCAGCGCCUGACCGACCACUUGGGAAGCCGAAUCGCCAACAGUCUUGCAUCUACCGACUCAUUAAUUUGACCUUGCGUUAAACACGUAGUACAGUCCACUCCUCCUCUGCUAGCAUUUCUCAACGGCGACGAUGAUUCGACCUCCCGGGCUCGUCUCCUAUAAUGACGGUCUAGGAGGGUGUCUGGAAUGGCGACUAGUCCGGAAACUAUCGUCAGGCUGCUUAGAACCCCCUGCCUUUCCCUGCUUUCCAAGUGGCUUCUCCGCAUCCAACACACUGGAUCCCCACAAUCGUGCAUUCACGUUGUAUCAACGACUAUCCAAGUCUGCAGCAAUCUGACGUUGAGCGACUCGGCACUGGCUCCAGGCCAAUCCAUAUCCAUGCCAGACGUAGGUCACACUCUUUUCUUCGCAACUGUGGGUGCUUUCGAACCAGGUUCUUUCUACAUCUCUUGUGAUCCACAGUUCUCUCCCUGUAUAUGUUAUCGUGACCCCUUAUCACUCUUCAUAUCCAUCAUUUAUUCUAACUACAACAUGCAUGCUCGCUGGAUACGAAGUGGUCUUACGGCCGCAGCUCUUACCCAAUGCUCUCGCUGUCAAAGUACGGGGGGCAGCUCGAGUAGUGGUUACGAGUUUGUGGACCCCUUGAUAGGAACUCUCAAUGGAGGACAUGUCUUCGCUGGUGCUACACUGCCUUUUGGUAUGGCAAAGGCUGUGUCAGACGUAACGGAAGAUAACCAAGGGGGUUAUGCUUCAAAUGGCAGCCCAGUCACUGGAUUCUCCCAUAUGCAUGACAGUGGCACUGGGGGAGCUUCUUCACUUGCCAAUUUUCCCCUAUUUCCAUACCCAGGAUGUGCAGAUGACGCAGUCAACGGAUGUGUGUUUCCGAAAGCCACCCGCUCGGUCGGAGUUGUGAAUGGAAGCAUAUCAGCGCGGCCGGGGUAUUUCACCAUAGGCCUCCAGUCUGGGAUCAGAGCAGAGAUCACAACGGCGAACCGAACAGCCCUCUACAAAUUCACUUUCUUUGGAAACGCAACUGGAAAUUCGGCGGUCGAUGCACCUCUCAGCCCCAUGUUCAUAGUCGACCUCACUGAUCUGCCAAAUACCCGCAGUAGUGGCACUGCGUCUGUCGAUCCAGACACCGGCCGAAUUACAGGUUCGGGCACUUUCAACCCAAGCUUCGGUCUGGGCUCUUACGUUGCAUACUUCUGUGCCGACUUUCAAGGAUAUGCUAUUCGAGAAACCGGCGUGUUUGUCAACAAUCGGGCUGGUAGUAACGUUAAGAAAAUCACCGUCGCCAAGGAUAAUAAUUCCCCCCCUUUACCUGCUGGGGCUUUUACACGAUUUGCCAUUUCUGACAGUGGAAAUGCCACCAUAACAGCACGCGUUGGUGUGUCAUUCAUCAGCUCUGACCAGGCAUGCGGCAAUGCAGAGAAUGAGAUACCCGAGUUCGACUUCGACGCCACCCUAGCCCAGGCCGAGGAAAUUUGGAAAAGCAAGCUUUCAGUGAUUGACCUCGAUGCUACUGGGGUUAAUGAUUCUUACCAGACAAUCUUUUGGAGCGGCGUUUACAGGGCAAUGCUAAGUCCUCAAGAUUACACGGGCGAGAACCCGCUCUGGGCCAGUGAUGAGCCGUAUUACGAUUCUUACUAUUGUAUAUGGGACUCCUUCCGCAGCAUACAUCCCUUCAUCACACUCGUGGACCCCUACAGCCAAACGCAAAUGAUUCGCUCGCUUAUAGACAUUUACCGCCAUGAAGGUUAUCUUCCGGAUUGUAGGAUGUCGCUUUGCAAAGGCUUCACACAGGGCGGGUCCAACGCGGAUAUUGUUCUGGCGGAUGCGUACCUCAAGAACAUCACCCAAGGUGUCGAUUGGGCAAUAGGUUAUGAGGCCAUAGUGAAGGAUGCUGAAGUCGAGCCACCUGUUUGGGACGUCGAAGGCCGCGGGGGAUUAAAGAGUUGGAAAGAGUUAGGUUACAUCCCGGCAGACGACUUUGAUACGGAUGGGAAUGGCGUGUUCACCCGAAGCAUCUCACGAACGGUGGAGUAUGCGUAUGAUGACUUCUGUAUUGCGCAGCUGGCUAAGGCCAUGGGUAAGUAUCACGACUACGAGAAAUACCUCGGCCGGUCAGAGAACUGGAUCAACUUAUAUAAGCCUGAUCAACGGUCCAAAUUGAAUGGCACGGACGAGGAUACGGGAUUUCUCGGAUUCAUGCAGCCCAAGUACCUAAACGGGACGUUCGGCUUUCAAGACCCUAUAUUUUGCUCGCCACUUCAGAAUUUCACCUCCUGCUACCUCAACCCCCAUGGCCACGAGACAUACGAAGGUAGCAGCUGGCUCUACACCUUUUUCGCACCCCAUGACAUGGCCAAAUUAAUCACGAUGUUCGGCGGGCCGGACUCGUUCAUCGCGCGUCUAGACUACCUCCACGAGUCGGGGCUCCUCUACAUAGGCGAUGAGCAAGCCUUUCUCCCCGUUUACCAAUACCACUACGCCGGGCGCCCUGGGAAAUCCGCUGAGAGGAUUCACUCCUAUAUCCCCAGCCAGUUCAACGCGACCACGGCGGGUAUUCCCGGGAACGACGAUAGCGGCGCGAUGGGGUCAUUCGUGGCGCUGUCCAUGAUGGGGAUUUUCCCCAACCCAGGACAGGACGUUUAUUUUAUCACGCCACCGUUUUUCCCGUCUGUGUCGAUUACAAAUAGGGUGACCGCGAAGACAGCGACGAUCCGGAAUUUGAACUUUGAUGCGGGGUAUAGGAACAUAUAUGUGCAGAGUGCCACGUUGAAUGGGAGGAGGUAUACCAAUAAUUACUUGACGCAUAGUUUCUUCCUGGAAGGUGGUACGCUGGAACUUACGCUGGGGCCGAAUGAGAGUACGACUUGGGGGAGGGGGAAGGAUGAUGUGCCGCCGAGUGUGAGUAAGAAUUAUGCAAGCACGUGAGGAAUAAAGGGGAGAGGGUGUAGAAGGCAGUAGUUGAUAUUGUUAUUGGGCUGUAGCUUGGAGCAACAUUAAUACUUAUAGCUAAAUUAUAAUACGUGCUGGUUCGGAAGGAUGCACUGCCCGCCUGGUCAAUAUUAUUAU